UUUAGUGGUGUUCACCAUUAGACAUAGUUACCUCCCAUUAAAAAUGGCAGCGCCCAUGGUAAAACAAGAAAUUAUUGAAGGAGAAGUGAUCGAAUCUCAUGAAGAAGAAAAAGAAAGGGAACAUUUUGCACGGAUUAUAAAUGCCUUCAAAUGCUACAAACCCUUCUCAUUGAGACGAGUAGAUGAUGCAGUGAAACAUUUCAAUGCCUUGCCGCAAAGACAUAAAGAUCUUGUACCAAAUUUCCUUGAUCACCUCACUACAAUUAGGGAAUGCAUUGAACAGAAUGACUCCAUUAUCAGGCUUAUCAUUCAAGAUGCUGAACAUAUUUUUGAAAAUAAACAGAACAUGGCAAAGAAUGGUGGUGAUAUAAAAGCUUUAGUACCAUUGGUGUCUGACCUGGACAAGGUGAAGACAACACUGAAACAGUUUGUUCGGGACUGGAGCGAGGCCGGGGAGCACGAGAGAAAGGCGUGUUACGAGCCGGUCAUACACGAGAUAGAGGCACGGUUUCCGAAAGAAUUUGUAGAUACUUCCGGUGUCCACAUUCUGGUACCCGGUGCUGGUCUGGGCAGGCUUGCAUUUGAGCUAGCAAGACGGGGAUACAAUUGUCAAGGAAAUGAAUGGAGUUUAUUCAUGCUGUUUUCAUCAAACUUUGUCCUCAACAAAUGUAAGUCCAUGGACACACACACACUUCAUCCGUGGGUACAUCAGUGGACGAACAAUAUGACAAAUGAGGACCAGACCGAAGCUAUCACAUUUCCUGAUAUCGAUACCUCCACCAUACCGGAAAAUGUACAGUUUUCAAUGGCAGCAGGAGAUUUCCUAGAGGUUUAUCAAGAUCCAGAAACCUGGGAUUGUUUGGCUACAGUAUUUUUUAUCGAUACUGCUCACAACAUAAUUGCUUACAUAGAAACAAUUUACAAAAUCCUAAAACCUGGUGGAUACUGGGUAAAUCUUGGUCCCUUGCUGUACCAUUAUUCGGAUAUGCCCAAUGAGAUGUCCAUAGAACUGAGUUAUGAUGAGGUGAAACGAGUGAUUGAGCAAAUAGGCUUUGUUUUUGAAAAAGAGGAGAAGAAUGUGAAAUCCACAUACACACAGAGUCUGAACUCGAUGUUACACUACACUUAUGACAGUGUCUUCUUUGUCGUGAAGAAGCCAUCUUGAUAUGGCAGACGUUUGGGAACAGUGUUGUUUUUUCAUUAAGUUGUUUUGUUUUUUUCUCUGAAAGCUAGCAGCAUUAUAAACUUGUGUACUAGAGCAUCCAGGCCAGCCUGCACGUCUGUGUUGUUUGGUCAGACUUUUUUUAUACUGCUAGCUGUUCGAUUUUAGCAUUAUUUUGUAUACUGAAUUCUUUUUUACUAACAAUGGACAGUUCUAAAUUCAAAGUCGGACCAGCUCAUUUUACAAAUUUAGAAUGGUAGAAUGUAAUUGCACUGUUUUAUGGGCGCCAUGUGACUUGUUGUGAAUACAGCAAUGAUGAAGGGGAAAAAAUGGGAAUGGAAAAAACCCCAGUCGUGAUCGAUUUGCACGCAAUAAAGGGUCAGUCAUAAAGCAAGACUGUAAUUACAACAUAAAUUUCCAUGAACUUUUACAUUUUUGUAUGAAGCUUCACUUUCUGAAUAACAUUCCAUCAAAUAUAUAUGCAUAAACAAAACAACAAUGCUGGGAUGUACAAAAACUGUUUAAAGGCGCCACUGGUAAAAAGUUUAUAAUUUGAAAAUAUAAUGCAAAAACAUGUUCGUUAUUUGAAAUUGUUCAAAAACUGUUUAAAGGCGCCACUGGUAAAAAGUUUAUAAUUUGAAAAUAUAAUGCAAAAACAUGUUCGUUAUUUGAAAUUGUUCAAAAACCAUUGUUUAUUGUUGUUGAAAAUUGUUUUAUAUUUGAAUUAGACAUUGCUUGUGUUUAUCUUUGAAAGCAAAUUAUUGUCAUUAUUAUCUUUUAAAAAUAUUUUUCAGAACAUUUUGUAGCUGGACUUUUUAGCUCACCUGUCACAAAGUGACAGGGUGAGCUUUUGUGAUCGCUUUUCGUCCGGCGUCCGUCCUUCCGUCCGUAAACUUUUACUUUAAAUGACAUCUCCUCAUAAACCACUAAGCCAAUUUCAUCCAAACUUCACAGGAAUGUUCCUUUGGUGGUCACCUUUAAAAAUUGUUCAAAGAAUUUAAUUCCAUGCAGAACUCUGGUUGCCAUGGCAACCGAAAGAAAAAACUUUAAAAAUCUUCUUUUAAAAAACCAUAAGAGCUAGAGCUUAGAUAUUUGGCAUGAAACAUCUUCUAGUGAGUGUCUACCAAGUUUGUUCAAAUAAAAGCCCUGGGGUCAAAAUUGGCCCGGCCCCAGGGGGUCAUUGAUUUUCCCUAUAUACAUAUAGUAAAAACUUAAAAAAUCUUCUUUCAAAGAACCAAAAGAGCUACAGCUAAGAUAUUUAGCAUGAAACAUGUUCUAAUGGGUGUCUACCAAGUUUGUUCAAAUAAAAGCCCUGGGGUCAAAAUUGGCCCCGCCCCGGGGGGUCAUUGAUUUUCCCUAUAUGCAUAUAGUAAAAACCUUAAAAAAUCUUCUUUUAAAGAACUCAAAGAGGUAUGGCUAAGAUAUUUAGCAUGAAACAUGUUCUAAUUAGUGUCUACCAAGUUUGUUCAAAUAAAAGCCCUGUGGUCAAAAUUGGCCCCGUCCCAGGGGGUCAUUGAUUUUCCCUAUAUGCAUAUAGUAAAAACUUAAAAAAUCUUUAUUUAAAGAACCAAAAGAGUUAAAGCUAAGAUAUGUAGCAUGAAACAUGUUCUAAUAAGUGUCUACCAAGUUUGUUCAAAUAAAAGCCCUUGGGUCAAAAUUGGCCCCGCCCGGGGGGGGGGGUCAUUGAUUUUCCCUAUAUACAUAUAGUAAAAACUUAAAAGAUCUUCUUUUAAAAAACCAUAAGAGCUAGAGCUUAGAUAUUUAGCAUGAAACAUCUUCUAGUGAGUGUCUACCAAGUUUGUUCAAAUAAAAGCCCUGGGGUCAAAAUUGGCCCCGCCCCAGGGGGUCAUUGAUUUUUCCUAUAUACAUAUAGUAAAAACUUAAAAAAUCUUCUUUUAAAGAACCAAAAGAGCUACAGCUAAGAUAUUUAGCAUGAAACAUGUUCUAAUGGGUGUCUACCAAGUUUGUUCAAAUAAAAGCCCUGGGGUCAAAAUUGGCCCCGCCCCGGGGGGUCAUUGAUUUUCCCUAUAUGCAUAUAGUAAAAACUUAAAAAAUCUUCUUUUAAAGAACUCAAAGAGCUAUGGCUAAGAUAUUGAGCAUCAAACAUGUACUAAUAGGUGUCUACCAAGUUUGUUCAAAUAAAAGCCCUGGGGUCAAAAUUGGCCCCACCCCAUGGGGUCAUUGAUUUUCCCUAUAUGCAUAUAGUAAAAACUUAAAAAAUCUUCUUUUAAAGAACUCAAAGAGCUAUGGCUAAGAUAUUUAGCAUCAAAUAUGUUCUAAUAGGUGUCUACCAAGUUUGUUCAAAUAAAAGCCCUGGGGUCAAAAUUGGCACCGCCCCGGGGGUCAUUGAUUUUCCUUAUAUGUGUAUAGCAAAAACUUAAAAAAUCUUCUUUGAAAAAACCCAAAUAGCUAGAGUU